UUUACUGUCAUCUUACAUUCACUAACCUGUCACUUGCAGAAGCUUUCACAGUUCAGAGUAAUCAAAAGACAGAUGAAGUUCUAAUAGGAGGAUCUCGACGAUCAAAUGGAUUUAGCUUGGAAGCUGCUGCCCCUGGCGGCGCUGCUGCUGUGGGCAGCCGCUGCGCCGACCACCUCUGCUCUGCCGCACGUACAUUUCCCGAGCAACGAUGAGAGCCUCAGUGAGGGAUCUGGUGACGCUCCAACCACGCUCCUGCAGGAGGAGGUCCUUCAGCCCAUCAAGCUCUUCAGCGACGAGGUGACCAGUGUGGAGGAGGAGGAGGAGGACUCCAUCACCAUAGAGGAGCCCCAGCCCGUCUUCAGCGUCCUGCAUGAGAGAGUCAACCGAACCGAAGAAAUCCCUGCAUGUCUCACAAAUGGUCUGACGAGACGAACGUUGGUACUCGGUUCCAACGACGCCAAGGAUUACGUCCUAACGUUCAACGAGGAAGAUUCCUUCGUCAUGGCGAAAGUAUCACACUUUCAUUUAUCUUCAGACCCCACAUUACCUACUUUCAGACCCCAAUUUGAACUGAGGCUCGAAUUUCGUACGGACUUGCCAAGAGGACUUCUCACUUUCUUGCGACUGGAAUCGGACCUUGUAGCCCAGCGUAUUCACUACUACCUCUUCCUCCACGGCGGCCAUCUCUCCGCUCGAGUUUUCGUCGCCGGCAAACGGUACAAUGUCGUGUCCACAGCAGGUGGGCUGCAUGAUGGCAAGUAUCACUCAGUGAAGCUGUCAACCUUCUGCACGACGGAUACUGUGAAGCUGACCGUGGAUGACGAAGAGCUUACGCUCCACGUCGAAGGGUUGGGCGCCACUUUAUCUGGUGCUGCUGAAAAUACGGAACUGCAUUUACCUGCACGGCUCUGGGUCGGAGGCGUUAGCGAGUCUUCACUGGCAGAAGAAGAGCCCAAGGUGCGGGUUCGAAACCUGCGAGGUUGUGUUCGGCACGUGCAGCUGCUGCAGGCUGCUGACUCUGCUGCGCAUGACGAGGCAACGAUGGUCGAGGGCAGUGAGAGCGACCUGCUGCUGCCGACUGUACAUCGCGGCGUACAGUCGGGACUGCUGUGCAAGGAUAAGUGUGCGGAGGAUCCAUGCCCCACGGGCUCGCGCUGCAUCAACCACUUCAGUCACGUUCAGUGCGACUGUACAGACAUCGACGUAACUCAUCCGAGUUGCAGCAAACAAGACUUCCGUGAGCACCGGAUCGAAGGAGGCAAAUUUUUGUCUCAUGUCACGCAGUCCUGGGACACAUUCGGUCACAAGAAAGCUCACAAAAUUUCCUUCUUUUUCAAGACGAGCGUGCCGGACUCGGUACUGGUGUUCGUGAGGUCCCUGUACCCGAAAGAGUCGUACUACUCGCUCGGUCUGGACACCGACGGCAAGCUGAGGUCUGGUGGCGCUCCGUCAAAUGCAACCGUACGAAUUACCCUGGACAACGAAACUCUGGACGCUGUUGAUGGUCGGCUCUCGGACAGGGUUCUCACCGACGAUGCGUGGCAUCAUAUCAACGUCAAGAUGUUCAAUGCCGAUAACAAAAUUAAUAUUGACCCUGUAGUUUUCUUCGGAUAUGCGCCUGAUUUCAAUCAAUCUUGCUUGCAGCCGUUCUAUCCUGGUGAUGUGCAGUGCAAGUCAUCCAAGCAAUCGCCGGCGUCUGAAGUGUUCUACUUCGACGUCCAGUCAGACAUGUGCACCUCUGCCUCCUACUCUGGCUGCGGGGCCAAUUCCAAUUCAUUUUCUUCAUUGCAGGAAUGCCAAAAAUCAUGCGCAGUAACAGGCAUGCCGUCCUACCGCCCCUUCGUUGGCGUGCUCAAGCGCGUCUUCGUGGAUGGUGUGAAUGUCCUCGCACAGGAGGGAAAGUCCACUAAAAAGUGCACCAAGGAAGAGCCUGGAACCUUGAGCUUUACGACCCCUCGCUCCCACAUCGUCAUCCCGUCGAACGACGCCGCUGGUCAGCGCACCAACUUGAGCAUCAAACUCCAGUUCCGCGUGCCACCCGAGGGACACACUACCGGGGUCCUGGCUCAGGGUAGCGUCCUCAUAGCCGACACUGUCGACAAUUGGAUGGUCAUAAGCAACAACAAAUCUCACCUGACUUUCUUGCUCGGCGAAAACCUGCUGAGCGUGAGCAGCUCUGCUGCUGUUAAUACGCAAGACUGGAAUGAGAUGAGUCUACGCAUCAAAGACGUCGACGUGACACUCUCUCUCAACGGCGAAACAAAACUCGGAACUUCAGAGGUGCCUUUCACGCUCAUCUCAGGAGUGAUCCUCGGCGGACAACGAGCAGCCCUCAAGUCGUGCAUCAGGUCGCUUGAAAUCGAUGGUACAUCCUACGACCUGCGCUACCUGCUGGACAAACAACACGGCGUUGUCUUCGACAACUGCAUGCUGGAAGGACCAUGUGACGCUCCUGAUGCUUGUCUCAACGGCGGCGAGUGUUCCUUGUCUGCAGAGAGCGCCGUGCAGUGCGACUGUUCCAGCACCCAAUACCAUGGAAACAGAUGCCAGUUCCCCCGCUAUGCCCGUUCGUGCGAGGACUACGCGCGUCAGGGCUUCAGCAGACCGGGGGAUUACCUCGUCGACGUCGACGGACCGGGACCUCAGCAAGCCGUGCCCGUGCGGUGCGCGUUCUCGGCGCGGGGUGCCCACACUACCGUGGCUCACGCAUUACCCCAACAACAUCGGGUGAGGAGCAAGGACAUAAAAAAGAGCUACAAGCUGUCCGUAGACUACAGUGGUCUGACAGACGCCGAUCUGGUGGCCAUUGUCGAAUCCUCGACGGCAUGCCAGCAAAACGUCACAUUUGAUUGCGUGCGGUCGCGUCUGAAGCUCUCUUCGCAGACUUGGUUCUCGUCUCCUAGAAUGAAAAUGAACGCCCGAUUUGGUUCAGAAACCGGAGGCAUCUGUCCCUGCAAAGCCGCUGAAGAAUGUGUCCGUGACUCCGUGGCGUGCAACUGCGACCUGAACGACGGACUGCGGCGCCGGGACACGGGCUUGAUCAGGACCAAGGAGCAGCUGCCCGUCACCGCAGUGUACUUCGUUGUCGACCCCACGGCGCUCACUGCAAAGUCCAGCACUCAGCUGACGUUGGGAGACCUGCAGUGUUUCAAGGAGGCUGAAGUGGAGGACGCCGUAUCGCUGCUGGACAGCGAGAGCUUCUUGGAGUUCUCGUCACGACAAACGCGAGAAAAUCUGCGGAGUAUUCGCUUCGCAUUCCGCACUUCUGCACACGUUGCGGUUUUGCUGCACAAACCUUCCUACCAUCAUCUGCAGGCAGACUUCCGGGUUAUUCUCACGUCAGCACGCAGCUUGGAAGUGCAGUUCCGCUUGCGCUCAGAGGAACAGAGCAUCAAAUUCCGCAGCGCAUUCGACCUGAACGCAGCAUCGUGGCAAUACUUCAGCCUGAAUUUCAGCCCCGAGCAGAUACAGAUAACACUGAAUGGCAUCGUCAAGCUGCUCGAUUUGGACGAUUCCUUCAAGAUCCUUGGCGGUGAAUUCUACUUCGGUGGAUCUCCUAGGGACUUGCACGAGCCGAUAUUCAGCGCCCCAAAAGAGCCAGGUCUGAUCGGCUGCCUGAAGGAUGUGACGGUGAACGAUGAACAAAUAUCAACCCAAGAGCUUCUGCGCUACUCCCCCACCACCAACUACAGGCUGGGCUGCCGCCUCUCAUGUGACCCGAACCCCUGCCAGAACGGAGCGCGGUGCAUCGAGAAGCCCAAUGGGCACUUCGAAUGCGAGUGCAAGAAUACCUUCUCUGAGUGGGGCGUCAAGUGUGAAUAUAAUCUGAACGACGACAGCAUCACUCUUCUGGAUACCGAAACCGAGAUGCGCUACAAAGACGAAGUCAAACCAGCUUCAGAAGACUGGAAUCCUCUAAGCCAGAACUUGACUAUUGCUUUCCGAACUCGAGAAAUUCAAGGUCUACUCGUUUUUAUAAUUGAUCAUAUCCAGAACCUGAUACAGAUUCAUCUCGCCAAGCCCAAUGAAGUCACUGUGCUCUGGAACACUGGGUUCACACUCAGGGCUAUGACUGUCAACACUGGCGAUAUACGUCUGAACCGGGGCGACCUCGUACAGCUCUACCUCAAGAGAGAACGUCACGCCACCACUCUGUUCGUCCUGACACAAGGCCGCUACUUCUCGGCUUCUCUGUCAGUAGGCGUGGAUCUCCUAGAAGAGCGUCAAUAUCAGCAAUUCCCCUUCGGUAGCGAAGUUCCCCAUUCCGACCUGACCAGAUAUGAAAACUCCCGCACCCUGCAAGACUCCUUCUUGAUGGUGCUCCUGGGAGGCGCCGAAACGAGCCGCAUGCACGCCAAGAUCCCCGGUUUCAUUGGCUGCCUGAGCGGCCUCAAGAUCGGCCCCCACGCCAUCAAACUCACCGACCGCUCAGUCUGGAUCUGGAGUCAUACCAACUAUGAGCUUGGCUGCUACGCCCCAUGUGAAUCCAGCACUCCCUGCCGCAACAAGGGCGUUUGUCUCAACGUCUUCGACAAGAAACGCAAGCUGCUCACUGAAUGCGACUGCUCUGAAACUUCCUACGUCGGGCAGCAAUGUGACAAGGAGGUGGCGUACAGGUUCAGCGGGGAAGACUACCUGGCGUUCCAGGAACUGUUCAACGUCUUCAGCCAGAGCUUCACCCUGGACUUCGCCUUCGCGUUGGACGGGACUCAGCCGAGCGAAGAGGCCGACGUCGUCAGGACUCUGCUCCUCGUCCGUGACUCACCUGACAGCGUAGAAGAACUGGCGCUCGCCAGGCAAUACGGUCAGCUGACGCUCGGAAUACGUCAGAGCGGCGCAGCACUCACUGCUGUGGUGCAGUGGCCGCACUCCGAUCACAGUCCGGACGGCCAAAUCCUCGAGUUUGAUGUUUCCGACUUUGAACUCAGUGACGGGUUCCGCCAUCACAUCAAAGCCAUUUUGAAAGAUCGGACGCUUGACAUUCAGUUGGAUGGCGUGCGCUUAGCAGCGAAGUCCUCCGACCCUCUCGCCACCAAGACAGACCCAGCGUUGGAGGCGCUGGUGGUGGGCAGCGGCGGUGAUCAUCCUGUUCAAACUGACGCCCCGUGGGCGCAAUUUGUCGGCUGCAUCUCCAACAUCCAGCUGCGCACAGCCGACAAAAAGAUCUACCGACCGCUGCACGACUACAGCAAUCAUGCCAACGACACGUCAAUGUUCACGCGCGUCGGUCUGCCGCACCGCACCCUCUGCUCCGAGUUCAGACCAGCGGAAGUUCCCGAGCCAGCGUCCAUCGAAUUUGUGCAGAUGCGCCUUUUGACGUCCGAGGUGAAGACAGAGAACUUCCAGCCGCUGCAGCAGGAGGAACCGCCCUUCAAUGACAAAAGUGGAAUAAAAACUGCGGGCAAGAUCGGCGGGGUGAUAGUGGGAGGAGUGGCGUUAGGAGUCUUCAUCUACCUCUGCAAGAUCACACACGGCGAGCCCAAGACGGUUACCAACGAAAUUGGCUUGGUGCAGACAGCGCAGAAGUCUUCGAAAUCUGAUCCUGAGAAUCCAAGGCCGACCGCUGCCACCAGCAAAGAGAGCGAACCACUUCUCAAAGACUCAAUUGAAAUGAAGAAAUUAGAGUCAACAUCUUCAAAAAUUCGACACGAAAAUGAUAGAAAACAAAUGGCAUCCCCAAAAGUAGUCGCUGUAAGCGCACCGAAGUCUGAAGAAUGCAAGGAAGUAGCACCGAGUAAGGAAGAGACGGACGCUGCCUCUGAACCUGAGAGUUCACCUCAAGCCACACCUGUGGAGGCUGCAACAGAAGAAGCACAUGCUGAUAAAGAGGAAUUUCCACAGAAAAAUCAUGAAGAUGAUCAAGGCCAAAAUGAGGAAGAGGUAACGCCCUUUGAAUCCGUCCCACAAGAAACGGCAAAAUCUCCGUCGACCGAAGAGUUAGCAGUUGAAGAUGACGCGUCCGCUGCCCAGUCCACGGAAGAUGAGGAUGCCAGGGAGGCUCAACAAGGCAGCGAGGCGAGCGACGGUAACUUCGAAAACGAAGACGACGGCUCUGCCGAGGACUACAACGCAGACGCUCCAACUCAGAAAAAGAGCAAGAAGAAGUCCAAAAAAUAAGAUUGGCUAGCCAAGGCUGCCGGGGGCGAAGAAUGAAAAAGGAUAGAAAAGUAAUAAAGCUGGUUAUUAACCAUGUUGAUAAUAAUGUUGUUCAGUGUUAAAAAAGCAGUAGGAUAAGUAAUAGCCUUUAAGAAAUCAGUGACAUAUUUACUGUCUUUCUAAUAUUUCGAUGAAUUGAUUUACGCUCGUGAGGAGGAUACGCAUUUGAAAUAUUAUUUAGUUGCUUUUCAGUCAAGUGUUUGUUUCUCCCAUCGGUGGAGCAUGAAAAUCUUUCCAUAAUUUAAUAGAAUGAAAUGCUUUCAUUUUCAUGUCGCCAGAUGUAAUAAAUGUGUUAAGAUAAAAAAA